AUGUCUCUCUCCAAGGAAACAAAUUUAGAUUUUAAAAAGUAUGAAGUGUGCGAUAAUGUGGAUUUAGAAACAGUUUUGUUAGAAUAUGAAAGUUAUUACUACAUAAAAUUCCAGAAAUAUCCUAGAAUUACCAAAAAAUUAUCUGACAAGCUCUUCCAGUGUGAAAAAAAGCGACACGGAGGAAGUUCAAUAAAAACAAAACGAUCCUCACUUCCUCGACUUUUAAACCGAGGAAAUUCUAUCCAUGACUUUGAACAGAAUCAUUCAUCAAACAUUUUGAAUUCUGAAGAAAAUUCUAGUGUAACCAAGAAUAGAGCUUGUAAUGGACUAGCUGUACAAGGAAGACAAGACCCCCUCGUACAAACUUCAGGGCGCAUAAUAAAGAGUGGCAUUUCACCAAAUGUUCCAAACGGUUCUUCAGUUACAUCUUUGAACCAUCUGGACCCAACUCAGAACUCCUUUUUAUCUUCUUCAACAAGACAGAAUUUUCCGCGUCAAAUUACUGACUACAGAGCGAUUAUUAACCAAGAAACCCGUUUGCCGUUAGAGGAAAACCAACUUUCAGAAGAUCCCCAAGAACGUUUAUUGAAGCCGCUAGGUAGUUAUUUAGGCUACACAGGUGAAUGGAGAAGUUUGGCUCUAACAAUAUCACGUGAUAUAUUCCUUCAAAAUCCAAAUGUUCGAUGGGAUGAUAUAAUCGGUCUAAGCUCUGCUAAACGUCUUGUAAAAGAAGCAGUUGUUUACCCAAUAAAGUACCCUCAAUUGUUUGCAGGAAUAUUAUCACCCUGGAAGGGAUUGCUACUAUAUGGACCUCCAGGAACAGGAAAAACUCUUCUCGCUAAAGCUGUUGCUACUGAAUGCAAAACAACAUUUUUUAAUAUUUCUGCAUCGACUAUUGUUAGUAAAUGGAGAGGUGAUUCAGAGAAAUUAGUUCGUGUACUUUUUGAAUUGGCUAGAUUUCAUGCUCCUUCAACCAUAUUCUUAGAUGAGUUAGACUCUUUAAUGUCACAAAGAGGUUCACUAUCUGGAUAUGGUUCUUCCGGUGGAGGAAAUUCAAAUAUAUCAGUUGGAAAUGAACAUGAAGGAUCACGUCGAAUGAAAACUGAAUUGCUAAUGCAAAUGGAUGGUCUAGCAAAAUCUGAUGAUCUUGUCUUUUUGCUGGCUGCUUCCAAUUUGCCAUGGGAACUAGAUCAUGCAAUGCUUCGUCGAUUAGAAAAACGGAUUCUAGUUGACUUACCAAAUAAAGAGGCAAGAAUACAUAUGUUUGAAUCAUUUCUUCCACCAGUUAUUGGACAAGGUACAUCAGGUGGAUUACAAUUAAAAUGUUAUUUAGAUUAUGAUGUAGCUGCGGAAGUAAGUCCGGUUUUUUUUCUUCAUGUUUUUUAACAAUCGCAACUUCACAAGUUGAUUCAUCAUUAUACUUCAAAUGGUGUAAUUGUUCUCUCAUCUAUUUUGUAGUUAAAUGUUCCUAGAAGUCUCCAUACUUUUCAUAAUUUGAUGCAGUGAAUAUUUUGCGAACAGCUUAUAACAUCUUUGUAGAAUAACAAUGGUAACUGGUCAUUAGCUAAUAGAAAACAUAGAUUACGGCUUUGUACAUAAUUAAAUUCUGCUUACUUCAUGGAUCACAUGUGUAUGUGUACUGAAUGUCACUUUGUCGUGAUUCUUCAAAUUAACCUGAAGGUUUAGCUAAUCAUGACAUUGAUGAUGGUUGGAUGGUGGCAAGGAACAAUUGUUAUCAUUUACAAGAACCGUGAUGAUCUAGUUAUAGUUUAUACUAUUAAUCGACAAGUCGCGAAGUGUAAAUUGGAUAAAAUGGUUCCAAUGGCUUUGCGUCUCUGCGUGAACACCAGCUUGGAUGCAAGUAUAUGCAGCUGGCAACUCUCAAGUAGGGCGAAACGUUCAUUCAUUCCAUUCCAGUGCUAGUCAAGGUUCAUCAAUCCUAUAGUAACUAAAGUCAGUUGAUGCUAUCAUCCAUCAUGUUCUUUUUAAGUAGUUUGUAACUGUAGUAAACUGUUAUCAAGAUGACGAAGAAAGAUUGUCCACUGGACAUUGGAUUCAAGUUUUCAUUCUCAUUUAUUAUUUUGAAAAAAGUCAAAACGAACACUGAUGUUAAAUUCAAAUUGAAGUUUGUGUAAUACCAAGUUAAUGUAGUUGCCUAUAAAUCUUGUUGACAUUUAUGCAUUAAUUGUUGGGAUCAUGAGUCAGUUGAAGCAAGACCAUCAUGGGAAACCUGGAAGUACUGGACGGCCGUUUCGUCUUAUUGUAGGACUCCUCAGCAUCGCGCAUCCACGACCCCGCCUCGCGGGAUUCGAAUCGAGGACCUACUGGUCUCGCGCAUAUUAGACAAAUUGUCUAACAAUUUAUCAAAGGUGUAAAAGUCCAGUACUAUCAAUAAAAGGAAUAUCUUACUGUAAGUUUGGAUAACUUUCAUACUUCUCUUAAAACAUAAUCAUUAUAUCCAAAAGAAACGAGUCGAAAUUACCACUCUGAUACUUAUUAUUGAUACAGAUCAAAUUGGUUACUUCCUCAAUCCAAAAUGGUUCGUUAAUUUCUGUAAUAAAUAUGCAUAAUCUGAACGAUCUAUUCAUUUUUUUGAUUAAACUUUCAGUUAAAGCUAUUGUUGCCAUUGACUCAUUACCAGAAACCACUAAAAUGCUUUAGUUUCCAUGAAUUGCAUAAAGAUUGUAUAGUGAAUUGGGUUUAUCUAGAUAAAAUACAUUUGUCUUUACAAAAUUCUUAGCUAAAUAAUAAUUUUUUCAAUGGUUGGGAUCAUGAGUGAAUUGAAGCUAGACCAACAUGGAACACCUGGAAGCACAGACGGCCGUUUCGUCCUAUUGUGGGACUCCUCAGCAGUGCGCAUCCACGACCUUGCCUCACGAGAUUC